GACAUGGAAUUCACUUUUCGUGUAUCUUUUGUGGUGUCGUGUAAAGUGUUCUGCCCUUCGAAAUGACUUAUUAUUCCUUAAUUUCAUUUCGGUAAUUCAAGUGGUAUAUAUACUAUCGCCAUACACUCACCAAGUUCACCUCUCACCCACACCCAUUCUCUACCAAUAUGACCAUAGUCUUAAAUGACCCUGCUUCGUGGCCGACCAUCAAUGCAAACUAUUUUUACAGUUAUUUUGUAGUUGCCGCCUUUGUUGGAGCGACGUAUGAUUGGGCACUUACAUUGGGACAAGAGGUCGAAUUGAUCUGGAGGCAACGAUGGUCCCUAAUGACAGUUUUGUAUCUCUGUUCGCGCUACCUCGGAAUCUUAUCUGCUGGCAUGACCUUGCUGGUCAUUGUUCCGACCAUCCCGCUGACGGAUACAGUGAGCUGGAUUAUGUACGUCGUACGGAAUUGGACGGGUAUUGUGAUAUUUGCAAUACUGUGGGUCAUCAUCAUCACUCGGUUGUAUGCCAUGUAUCAAGGAUCCAGAAAGAUCCUGAUAUUUCUUGUUGUCACCUGCCUGGCUGUCACCAUUUAUAAUGGAGUGGAGGCCGUCCUGAUGACGAUACACGCUUUAGAGGAGGAAUUCAUUCUCUCCGGCACGUAUCAGUGCACGAUUACCUAUACGACAGAUACGCUGAUUCUGAACUCUGUUGCUUGGACACUCUCCCUUGUGUGGGAGGUCCUCGCGCUGUGUCUCGCAGCCUGGAUUGCGGUAAAACACUUCCGUGAACUGCCACAACAUUCGGCAGGGGGGAUCAUGGAGGACUGUUUUGCAGUGUUGAUGAAAACCCACGUGCUUUACUUUGCGAGCUUUGUUGGUGUUUCUUGCUUUCAGCUCAUUAUUAAUUUAUCUCCAACAAUUUCAUCGUUCCAAAAUCUCACGGAAAGUCUGACUUUUUAUGGCUUGAUUCAGAUUUUGGACGUCGUGCAGAUGUUUGUGCUGGGACCACGCCUGAUCCUUGGCGUUCGAGAAUUUAACGCUAAGCUCGUGGCUGAUUCUGACGCAGCAACUGUCAUGAGCUCAGUUGCUUUCCAGGAGCGCGUGCACAUAUCGACUGGCAGUGGUGUAUAACACACGAGACGCUGAUGGUUGUCUGGUGCUCUGCAGGAAGCAGGAAAAUUCGUGUUUUGUCUCAAAUACAAGCUUCGUUGCAGUACCUGUAUAGUUAUUUGGUGUCACGAAGUAGAUUUCAAGGAGACGGGCUUGGGCAGUAUUUUUGUAGUAGUAUGUGUUCGAAUCAUUUGCUAUAGGUUCUGACAUUAACAAUUAUUUAAACCAAUAUCUUGGAUAUCCCUACUGUGCUAACGAAAGCAUUGCAGCAGUGUACUGAAUGGGAAAGUCGAGCGACCAACCAUACUGGCAUCAACCACCCGUCUUCUCUUCAUACGUCUGCAGAACCUCGCCAACUCACCUCCCCACAAAUAGCUUAACCACACACUGCAACAAACAGUGCAUGUUAUCUAGUCCCCGCCUUCCAUCCUAACAGCAUACAAGAUACACCGAUU